CCUUCCCACUGCAACGCCGUGUCGAGUCGCACAUGCUCUGUUGCACAUGUUCUUGUUGUUUACAUGUAGUAUGCCCUGAAAAAUCGUUUGAUACCGCGUAGAUAACGCAUGUGGAAAUGGCACUGUAAAAAUUCUUCUUAUUGAUUCGUCGUCAUGUUACAGAACUUAUUGUCACGCAAAGAUACGUCUGGAAUUGCAUUAAUCUAUGACAGCUUAGAACGAACUGCAGGACUGUUCGUGAGAUGCGUGAUUUCUACGUGGAUAAACCGGGGCGCUCAUGUCAACGUUUUAUGCUUCGACGCGGAUCCGAAGGAUUAUCUUGCAGCGUUCCCAGAAAAUGACACCACAAGUUUGAUGGCCAGUGACUGCUUCACAAACCCCUUCGGGAAAGAUGACCUUCAGUCAGAAUGCCAAUACAACCCUAACACCUGGGACAAACUCAUCGACAGCACAAAAUGCAGCGUUUUGGUAGUUGACAGUCUGAGUACAAUUUUGCUGCACCAAGACUUCACACAUGUUUACAACACCCUGGUUCACCUGUCAAGAAAUGCCCAUGUGCAGCAGAUUGUGUGUAUCGUUCACACCGACGUUCACGAUGAAUCUCUUCUGGCAUCACUGAGCUACAUAGCAACAACAACUGUCACCCUCAAACCUACUGUGAAACCAACAGACUUAUCAGCAAUGUGCCAUAUAGUACAUAAAAAGCCAGGAGGAAGAGCUGCGGUUGAGGAGGAGCAGUUUGAAAUGACACCAGAGUUAACUAUCUGCAACAUAAAAAAGAUACAGCAAGAGAAAGCUGUCCCAAAGGCAGCCCAGGUAGACCCAACAGCAAACCUGACGUUCAACUUGAGACUGAGUGAAGGCGAGAAAGAUGCCCGGGACAAAGUUGUUCUCCCUUACCUCAAAAAGCCUGACCUCCCUGAACAUCCUGGCACAGGUAGUAUCACAUACACAUUGGAAAAGGAGGACGAUUUUGAUGAGGAAGACGAUCCGGAUGAUGAUCUUACUUUCUGAUUGUUAUUGCUGCAUUAUGUUGCAUAUGUGAUUAAUGCUAAUAAAUUUUAUGUUGGA